UUGCCGCUUCUCGCCACAACCACUCCAAGCGUUGUUAUACCUCUCUCCUAUUGUCUGAAGAAAAGAGCAAACCCUAAUUCUAGUGGGCUAGUUCUAUCCUUUUGUUUUAAAUUGAACUUUGUUUGGUUCCAAAUAGUUCCUAUGGAAGAGCUGCAAAACAAUAAGAAACGAGUCAGGGAUGACUCGUUCGAAUUGGAGUUGGAUUUGCCGGAGGUGAAGAAAAUCAAAGAGGAUUUAUUGGGCAUCAUCGAUGAUUCCGACCCUGACGCGCUGGGUCAGGAUCUUGACUCCGUCAUGAAGAGUUUUGAGCUAGAGAUAUCCGCGUGUUCAUCAUCUAUGGUUCCCGUCGUCGACCAGACGUCCGAAUCCGGCGAGUCCCGGCCGGAUCUAGGGUACCUUCUAGAAGCUUCUGAUGAUGAGCUUGGCUUGCCCCCGUCUAUUAAUUCCUCGAGCGAGGAAAUUAAGGGUGAAGAAGAGACCGAGAUGGUCCGAGUUGACUCGGCCGACUCAUCCGGAAUCGGUGGAGAGAUCUGGGGAUUUGAGGACCAGAUUCCGACUUAUGAUUCAUUCGGGCUGGGAGUAGGGGACGUUGAUUAUAAUAGCAAGUUUGUAGCGUUUGAUGAUGGGUUGUUCGAGUACUCUAAUAUUUGCUUCGAUUCGUCCGAGUUUGUUGAUUUGUCGUGGCGGUCUGGCGGCAUGCCGGCCGAGUAAUUAAAGGAAUGGAGGGUGUCGGUUGUCGUUAAGAUGAAACGAUUCCAUUACGCUAUUAUUUUUGUAAAUUAUUUUACUUUAUUAAUUUUUAGAAAAAAGGAAUUAAUUUAAAAGGAUAUACGUGUAGGCGUAGGAUAUGAAUAUGAGAGAUGCCGUGGCUACAAGUGAGGAUAUUAUUUUUUUUUAUCUUAAUUGAUGCUGGGGGCGAUGAAUUUUUUGGCAGUCUCUUGGAUUGAAGAAUCCUGUCCCUAUUCCCUGGCAAAGACAGGGAAUUUGAACUGCUCUGGCAAAAUCUGUUCCUUGUUUCAGAAUAAACUUUAAUCAAGUUAAUUCCCUUGCUGUAAAGGAGUUGAUUAAU